AUGCGUGUUGCCAUCAUUGGAGCCGGGCCGGGAGGCCUAGUGACUCUAAAAUACCUCCUGGAGGCUAGUCAGCGGUUCCACGUCGCGCCGAUCGAAGCCAAAAUCUUUGAAGCCCAGGAUGGCAUUGGAGGCACCUUUCGCUACCGCACGUACCCGGAAGGCGAGAUGGUGUCGUCAAAGUUCUUGACUACCUUCUCCGACUUCAGAAUUCCCAAGGGCCGCUUCCCCAGCGGCGACAACGAUUUCCUCCAGCUGGAAGAGUAUGUCGACUACCUCGAGGACUAUGCCGAUCACUUCAAGUUGCGGCCACAUAUCAACCUGAAGACCAGGGUGACGAAUGUACGACGCGCCAAAGGCGGCAAGGGCCAUGUCGUCACGUACACUUCACCGGACGGAAGAACUGAGGAAUGGGCCUGCGAUGCGGUUGCGGUGUGCACCGGGUUGCACGUAGAAACCGUUGUGCCGGACAUUCCGGGUAUUGAGAAGGUGCCUACGGUGCUGCAUUCCUCGCAGUAUAAGAGCCGAGAAAUCUUCAAGGAGGGCAGCAAUGUCGUAAUUCUCGGGGUGGGCGAGACGGCAAUGGACAUGGCCUACUUUGCCGUGACUUCUCCUGUCAAGACAGUGACGCUUUCCCACCGAGGCGGAUUUGUCCUGGCACCAAAGCAUGUCGAACGUUUUGUCGUCAAUGGCGAGCAAGAACCAGAGCAUAAUGCCUCUCCGGUUGAUACGAACUGGAACAGCCUGUUCGACACGGCGUAUGCGCACCCGAAGCUGAGGAACCAUCGUUGGCAAUGGCUUUUUUACGACUGGUGGACUAAAGGCGUUUGGGUAUUGCUCAACAAUACGCGUUAUGGUUAUGGCCAGCAUGCUGGGAUCAUUAAAGGCUAUCACAUGUCUGAAGUCCUCUUUGUCAAGUCCACCAGAAUACAGCCGUACUUCAACAGGCGUUACCAUACGUACGGCAAAUUGGGGCAGUGGAAAAACAGCAAGAUCGACCUCCCAAGAAUCGAUCAAACCGAGCGGAGCGUCGAAUUCGCCCCAUGGCCCGAGUAUAUUGACAAUGAAGGCAUUAUCCAUUUCCAGAAGAACGACUCUGUGGAGUCAAAAUACAUUGAGACGGUGAAGAUCAAGCCGGAUGUCAUAAUCUUCGCGACCGGCUACAGUCAUUUAUCGUUUCCGUUCUUGGGCCCUGGCUAUCCCGAUUCCAGGGAUGCUAAUGUUCGUUCCCUCUGGAAGGAGGGCGAUGAGACCAUUGGGUUCAUAGGCUUCAUUCGACCGCAGCUCGGCGCAAUUCCACCUCUCGCAGAGUUCCAAGCGCAGCUCUGGAUCCUCCGAAUCCUCAACCUCCUCCCCGAGUCGAACCUCCGGCACCUCUCCCCAUCGUACGACCCGGACGCCGAAGAGUGGUACAAGCUGAAGCCCCGCGCCGGCGCACGCGUCCGCCACGGCGUCGAUCACGAAUCCUACGCUUACCAGCUCGCCCUGGACAUGGGUGCCGCACCAUCUAUCGUCGAUGUGCUGAAAUACGGUAGAAAAGUCUUCAUCGCGUGGGCCUUUGGCGCCAACUUCAACACCAAGUUUCGACUCGUUGGCCCGUGGAAGUGGGACGGUGCUAAGGAAAUCAUGAGAACCGAGAUGUACGAGUUGAUCACAAGGAGACCAGUUUUCUGGGGACACAUCAUGCUCAACGCUCUGCCAAUGGCGAUAUUCGGGCCCCUCAGCCUGCUCUACUGGAUCUUCUUCACCUUCUACGAGCCCUUCCUGAAGAGACUUGGCUUGGGACUGUCGAGAAAGCCUCCAAAACGCCAAUACAUCAAAGGCCACGCAAGGACGCCGUCCAAGCAGGUCUAG